AUGGACCCUCCGAAAGAAGGUUCCGGCGAGACCGGAAUCUCUGCCCCCGGGAAGCGUUUAAUGAAGGUUAAGCAAGAGAUUGGUGAGAAAAUGAAAAGAGACAAGAAGGAAGUCAAGGACUCAAUCGCGGGAAGGGUCUCCAAGCGGGUGAAGAAGAAGGAAGUUUCUGGCGGGAGCACCUCUCCGGGCCCUCACUCGCCUUCCUCACUAAAGAUUCAGGAGGUCGUUAACCUCAUGGUUCAAGCUCAUGGCCAAAAGGAGUUGGCCAGGGUUUGUUCCUCCGACGAAACUCCCGAAACAGCCCCGGAAGGUUGGUUUUGCAUUCACGAGAAGUAUAUCUCUAAAUGCCACCUCCGGUUUCCGCUUCCGGAUCUCCUGUUAGACCUUCUUGAUCAUUAUCAACUAGCCCUCUCUCAACUCUGUCCCUCGGUGAUCCGAGUGAUAAAUGGUUUCAUUACCAGAGCUAAGGAGGAAGGAGUCGCCGUUGGACUGACCGAACUGAUGAGCCUCUACACGAUCAAGGAGAGCUCUAGUAAGGACGGUGGCAGUGGUACCUACUACCUUCCUUGCCGUCCUAGGCUUGGACUUUUUAAAUCCUCUGGUAGUGAUGAUGACUGGAGGAAAAAAUACUUUUAUGUCAAGAUUGAUCCCUCCACAGUCCCUUUGGGUCGUGCUCUCUCGGUUAUUUGGUCCGAUAUAUCUGAUAUCGAGGAUCCUCCUAAGCUUUCUGACAAGCUGUCUAGAGCUCUCUUUCGAAAGUUGCAUCAGAGUCCCAAUACUUGGGCGUCUUUCACCGUCUCUCUUUCUGAAGGUCCUUUCGUGGUAGAUCUUUCGACUGGAGCUAGUACUUCCGAAACCGAAAUGACUCAAGCUCCAAAGAUGAGGCCUUCUUUCCGUUCCCGGAAUAAACCUGCUGCAGCUGCCAGUGCUUCGCGAUGCAGCGAUAAGACCCAAAGAGGAGCCUUCCUUAGCUCGCUGAAAGAGGUCCUUGAUGAUGGGUCCUCUGUUCCUGCUAAGGAUGUUAGUCCAGUUGAGCCUAGAACUCAAGAUAUUGUUCCUGGUGUUGAGGUUCCAACAGCUGAAGCUAACCCUCAAGCUGCUAGAGGCCCUCUUGAGGUCGAACCUCCGAGAAACAAGAGGUCUCGGACCGAUUUGGGAGAUAGACCCGCCAGAUCUUCCUCCUCGUCUUCACGGGGAGGGACCGUGGGUUGGAACUUCUCCCAUUCUAAGCCGGGAUCGAUAUUGGAUGACCCUUGGGGUUUGGCAACCAUCAUGAGGCAUAUGAAGAUGGUGGGGUGCUCCAUGCCUUCAAUCAAUGGUAUGACCAACAAAGAAGAGUACGUUGGGAUAGCUCACCACGUGGGUCAACUAGCUGGAGCCAUCAACAGGGCUCAGCUGAGGUUCGAAGAGACCGUACAUGGUGCUCCUAGCGCUGGUGACUUAGCUCAGGCCACUGAGUUGUUCAAGACUACCAAGAUGGAGCUUGACCUGGCUCGUGCUCGAGUUUCUGAGCUUGAAGCUGAGGUCGGGAGGCUCGGUUCGAAGGCUGAUACUCAGCAAGGGAAGAUCGAAAGUCAGGCUAUCGAUAUUCGGGUGAAGAAUUGGAAGAUCAAUGAGUUAGAUGCUGCUCGCAGGAUAGCUGAGCAUCAGGUUCAAGAGUUGAUCGUCUCAUCUCAGGUUAGCCAACAGAACAAAGAGGCUGAAGUUAAGCUAGCUGUCAGGAAAGGUAAGAAGGAGGUGGCUGAAGCCUACAACAAGAUCCUGAUCUCCGUGAAGGAGAAGUUUGUCAAGAAGAAGGAAGAGACCGAUGCUCUGAUCUAUGCUCAGGAGCUUCAGGCAAACACCGAGCUUCUGAAGGAUCUAUUGUCUAAGGAAAUUGAGAACGCUGAAGAGGAGUAUCAUCGUUUGAUGGUUUUGAUCCCGGAUGCUGGUGCUGCAUGUGAGAAAGCUCAAGUUUCUGAUUUCUCAGUUAGCAAGCUCCCCAUUCCUCAAUUCUCCGAGAGCUCAGGUACUUUUGAGAUCAAUAUGUUUAAUCCGACGUUUCCUGGGGAAUAUGGUUCUAACUUGGGUUCGGUAUCUCCUGAUUUAGUUCCAGUUGAGACAACCCCGGGAGGUGUCGAGCAGGAUGUUGAAGUAGAGGUUCCUGUCAAGGGGAAUGACCCUAUCGAGGAGGAUAAGGAUGAUGAAGCUGAUCCUGGAUCCAAAGAAGGUUAA